UAAAGUGGGCGGGGUUUACAGAUGGACAAUUUAUAUAAUGAGCUCGCGGACAGAAAGCAUAUAUAUAUAUAAACCACGGAGAACAACAUGCCGUUUGCUUAUAGAAACUGUGCGCCGGCAAGGAGCUUUUGUGCGUUUUUCUGAAGAAAUUCAGAGGACAUUUCCUCCUCGACCGUGCAUAGGCCGCCUACUCCGUGAUAAUUGGGAGUGCAAAAUAAGGAAAACGAAAAGCUCAGACUGGGUAUGCGCAUGUGAAUAACUGGGAUUUCAGAUCGUCUGAAGUUCUUACAACUGGAUGAACAAUAUUUGUUGUUGAAAAUGGAUGUGUCCACUUAAACUGUUGCUGUCAGUUUUAAAGUUUGCUGCGUGGACCUGGAAUAUAAUCUCUCGGGUCUUUUAAAGACAAACUCGUCUGUUCUGGGGAAGUGGACAGGAUGUCAGCUUGGCUCACCUUUGCGGUUGCAUUUAACCCGAUCGUUUUAGCACAGGUGUUCGAAUCCGGUGUUUUCGAGCUUAAUCUUCUUGAGUUUAAGAAUAAUAUGGGGUUGCUGGCGAAUGGCAAUACGUGCAAACCAGACUGCAGGACUUUUUUCCGAGUUUGCCUGAAGAAUUACCAGACUGUGGUGUCCCCAGGUAACUGUAUCUUCGGCAGUGUCGUUACUCCCGUCUUGGGGACAAACUCUUUCAGCGCAACGGAAGGUGGCAGCGUAAACAGACUGAUUCGCCUGCCGUUCACUUUCGGAUGGCCGGGGUCAUUUUCUCUAAUUAUUGAAGCGUGGCAUUCGCUUUUAACAGACGUACCUACCGGCCCAAAUGACCCUGAGUUAUUGAUAAGCCUCUUUGCUAUCCAGAGAAAGUUGGACGUGGGUGAUGGGUGGCGUGAGGAGAUGCAGAUUGGGAGGCAGACGCAGCUCCGCUACUCCUACCGCUUUGUCUGCAGUGAGCAUUACUAUGGCGACAGCUGCUCCAGAAAAUGCUCCCCCCGGGACGACCGCUUCGGCCACUAUACCUGCACCGCAGACGGCUAUAUUUCCUGCCUCCCGGGCUGGAAGGGAGAAUACUGUGUAGAGCCAAUCUGUCUUGAGGGGUGCAGCAAGCAAAAUGGAAACUGCUCUAGACCCGGUGAAUGUCUGUGCAGAGAUGGCUGGCAGGGCGCCCUCUGUGACCAGUGCAGGAAGUACCCCACCUGUAAACACGGCACCUGCCAACAGCCCUGGCAGUGCAACUGUGAGGAGGGCUGGGGGGGGCUCCUCUGUGACCAGGAUCUGAACUACUGCACCCACCAUAAGCCCUGUCGCAAUGGCGCCACCUGCAUGAACACAGGCCAGGGCAGCUACACCUGCACCUGCCCACCUGGCUUCACCGGUGCCGACUGCCAGCUGGGGGCGCCGGAGUGCAGCAGCAGCCCCUGCCAGAAUGGGGGGGAGUGUGUGGACCUGGAAGAUGGCUACCGGUGCAUCUGUCCAAGAGGCACGGACGGGGCCCACUGCCAGCACCGGCUGCUCACUUGUGCCGACGUCCCCUGCUUCCACAGUGGGAGGUGCAGGGACAAGCAGGGCGGGCAGGGUUAUGUCUGCGAGUGCCCCUGGGGCUUCACCGGGCUUAACUGUGAGAGGAGGCUGGACCGGUGCUCAUUGCUGCCAUGUGCUAAUGGUGGCUGGUGCGUCCUUCAGAGCGGCCGGCCUGUAUGUAGCUGUCCGGCAGGAUUCACGGGUCCUCGCUGCGAGAUCAACACCAACUGGUGCAAUGGAAGCCCCUGUGCCAAUGGGGGCACCUGCGUGCCUCAAGCCAAGGACUACAGCUGCGCCUGCCCCCCCGGGCACACGGGCCGGCGCUGUGACACACCAACCGAGCCAUGCGUCGCCCAGCCCUGCCUACACGGCGGCACCUGUCUUGGCAACAGUACCGGCCAAUCACCAUCCUGCGUCUGCCCCACCCACUACACCGGCCCCAACUGCCAGUACCACGUCAUGACCCUGCCUCUCGCUCCUAGCCAAGAAGAGCCCAGGAGCGCCCUCCAGUGGGCGGCCAUGUCCAUGGGAGUCGGGCUGGUCAUCCUGCUGCUGCUGUUAAGCAUGGUGGCUGUCGCACUGAACAAAAUCCACCGGCAGCGAAAUGGGGAGAGACGCGACGGCGAUGCUGUGAACAACAUGCCUCAUGUGGACAAGGACAACCUGAUACCCACCCUUCAGCUAAAGAAGACCAACGAGAAGGUCGCCGUGGAGGACGGCUGCACUCAGGGGAAAUCCAACCAAAGACACAGCAGCUACCACUUGGACUACAACUCCGCUAAAGACUUCAAGGACGACUGGGCAGCUGGUGAAAAGAGACAGAGCAAUGAAAGAAGGAUAGGAGGGAAAAUACCUUUAAGUAGAAUGUACAGUGAUGUGAUUUGUGAUUGCAGCGAGACGCCGAAGUGUAAAAUAUCAACAAUAUGCUCCCCUGGAGAGUCAACAUAUCAGGCUCUGUUUUUAAUAGCAGACAGGAGUAACCGGUGUUUUACAGUAACUGAGGUUUAAACUCAGAAGGACUGAAUAGAAGAGGCACCAAGGCGACAGCCCUCAGACCUGUUUACAUGUGCGAGUGUGUGUGCAAAUACUGUACAUGUUGGAGAUGUUGGAGUUAAUAAUGUAUCGCUGCUCUUAAGGACUGAAGAGAAUGGACACGUGUCACGUUAAGGCGACGUGAUUUAUUCAUGGUAAAAAUGUCCCAGAGACUAAACAAGAAAAUUAAUUUGGGUGAUUUUGGCCCAAAAAUCAGCCAUGGAACAGCGACAGGAGACGUCGCUGAUUGUGAACCCCUCCUAUGCAAAACUAUAACACAAUAAACUGUUUCAUCAAAUAUAUGGUUAAUCAAGUAUGAGGUCUUAGGAAAUAAUUUGGACAGCUACCCAUAUUUUACACUUCAUAUGAAUAAAUCAAACACUUAUAAUGCUCA